AUGUCUGCAAAUUACUGGAAUUCCAGUCAAAGACUCCAUUGGCAGUUCACCAGAGAAGAACUACUGGAGAAACGAAGGAAUAUUGAAGUGUUGGAAAACCAACUCAUGGCAGCUGGGGCGUUACCUCUUCAUUUGAAAGAUAUUGAAUAUGAUUACAACAUGAGGAUUUAUUUACACAAUUUGGUACAUAAGCUUGGCCGACGUCUUGGGCUUCGAGCUAUUCCAAUCACCACGGCAGAGGUAUAUUUACUGCGAUUUUUACUCAACGUGUCGUUGAAAGAGAUCAACAUUUAUUUACUCGUGACUACUUGUAUUUAUUUGGCGUGCAAAGUGGAAGAAUGCCCCCAUCACAUUAGAUCGAUCAGCAAUGAGGCAAGAAACCUUUGGCCACAAUAUAUUCCUCAUGAUUUGACCAAGCUUGCGGAGUUUGAGUUUUAUUUAAUAGAAGAAAUGGAGAACUAUUUGAUCAUUCACAAUCCUUAUCGAUCAUUAGGGCAAAUCCGAAAUAUUUUGGCGAGUACAGACUUUGCACAUAUCGAUAAUUACAAUAGCAAUAAUGGUAUGAACAAUAUAGACGGAGGAAAUAAUGGCAAUUAUCGGGAUGGAUACAAAAGUUAUGGAGAUCUCUCAUCUGGGCUUGACCCUAGUAAUGGAAAACUUUAUGAUGGGGUUAAUUGUUUGAUACUACAUCAAGAUGAGUUACAAGUUUCAUGGUCAAUCAUUAAUGAUUCCUAUAUCACCGAUCUAUCGUUGAUUUUCCCACCUCAUAUAAUAUCGCUUGGUGCAAUUUAUAUCGCAGUGGUGCUACGAUGCUCUGCAAUGAUGAACGAUAGGGCCUCCAGUGCAAUAUUAAGACGUGCUGGUGUGGAUCUACCCAACAAACCGGGCACAACAAAUACCGGACCGAACAUCGAGGGAAGGAUGAAUAUCCUAACGAAUUUCAUGGGGAUUUCCAACAUCGAUUUGAAUGAGGUCAUUGAGGCGGUACAGGAAAUCCUCACACUAUACGAGGUGUGGGAGGCAUAUGAUGAGAAUAAGUUGAGGAAAAAAGUCCAAAAAUUGUUUAUGAAUAGAUGA